AUGAUGAACCUAUUGUUAUUUUUUCUAUCCAUGCUCGUCUUCGUCUACGGCAAUGAAGAUGCUAAGCGUCUUUAUGAUGACCUCAUGGUCAAUUAUAAUCGCCAUAGAAGACCAGCUACCGGACCACAUGAACCGCUAACAAUCAAAUUGAAAUUGCGUCUGAGCCAAAUUAUAGAUGUGCACGAAAUUGACCAAAUCAUGACAUGCUCGGUAUGGCUUAAGCAAGUUUGGAUCGACAAGAAGUUGUCAUGGGAUCCGAAAAGCUAUGGAGGUGUCAGCGUACUUUAUGUGCCUUAUGAAAUGAUAUGGGUUCCUGAUAUU